AGUCUCCUCCUAGCCAAGGACGCUGACCAGCAUUUGUGAAAAUCUUUUAUACUCCAUGUCACUGAUGAAAAUGGCUUGGUCCCUAGACUUCCUUCCAUUUCACCUCCUUAUCUGCCUCAUCUCUGACCAACUGCUCACUCCUUGCUCAGCUCAGUUUGCUGUGAUUGGACCCCCUGGCCACAUCCUUGUUAUGGUGGGUGAAGACGCUGAGCUGCCCUGUCACCUGUCCCCAAAGAUGAGCGUGGAGACCAUGGAACUGAAGUGGGUGCGAUCCAGCCUCAGGCAGGUUGUUUUCAUGUAUGCACAUGGUGAGAAUGGAAGACAGACGGCAGAGUACCAAGGGAGAACUGAGAUUUUAAAAGAAGGCAUCACUGCAGGGAAAGCUGGUCUCCGAAUACACAACGUUAGAGCCUCUGACAGUGGAAACUACUUGUGCUAUUUUCUAGAUGGCAACUUCUGUGAGAAAGCCUUAUUGGAGCUGAAGCUUGCAGCACUGGGCUCUGACCUUCACAUUCAAGUGAUGGGCCAUGAGAAUGGAGAGAUCCACCAGGGGUGCGAGUCCACCAGCUGGUAUCCCCAGCCCCAGAUUCAGCGGAGAGAUGCCGAGGGCCGGAACGUGCCAGCUGUGACAGCACCUCCGGCUGCAGAUGGAGCGGGCCUGUACGCAGUCACAUCAUCUCUAAUCGUGAAAGGCGGCUCUGGGGAAGGGGUGUCCUGUAUCACCAGAAAUCCCCUCCUCAACCAGGAAAAGACAGCCCGCAUUUCCAUUGCAAACCCCUUCUUCAGCAGGGCCCAGCGCUGGAUCGCUGCCUUUGCAGGGACCCUGAGGGUCUGUCUGCUGCUUCUCGCUGGAGCUGGAUACUUCCUGUGGCUACAGAGGAAGGAAAAAGAGACUCUAUUCAUGGAGAAAGAAAGAGCGAAAAAGGAAAAAGAAACAGCUUGGGCAGAAAAGGAGCAAGAAAAAAGAAUAAAAGAGAUGCUCCAGUAUGAGCUCGAGUGGAGAAAGGUCCAGUACAUAACUUGUGGGGAGAAGUCUCAAACCUAUCCAGAGCGGAAGAAGGCCCUCUUCCAAGCUGAGGAUGUGAUUUUGGAUCUCAACACAGUUAACCCCAUCCUGCUCGUGUCUGAUGACCAGAGGAGCCUGCAAUGGGCAGAGGAACGCUGAAAUCUGCCAGACAACCCCGAGUGAUUUGAUUGGUACUACUGUGUGCUUGGCUGCAAGAGCUUCACGUCAGGGAGACAUUACUGGGAGGUGGAGGUGGACAGGAAAGAGUGGCAUGUGGGAGUGUACAGGUAGGACGUGAAGAGAAAAUGCUGGAUUAAAAUGAGCCGGGAGAAUGACUUCUGGACUAUAGGGCUGUCUGAUGAGAAUGACUACCAGACUCUCACUGAGCCCCGGACCAAACUGACUGUUGCCAGCCCUCCUGAAAAAGUGGGGGUUUUCCUGGACUAUGAGACUGGUGAAGUCUCCUUCUACAACACUGUGGAUGCAUCUCAUAUCUACACCUUCCCGCACACCUCCCACUCCAGGCCUCUGUGGCCUGUUUUCAGGAUUUUGACCUUGGAACCCACUGCCUUGACCAUUUGCCCAGUGUCAACAAGAGCAGGGAGUCCUGGUGUUCCUGGCCUAGUACCUGACCUUUCCCUGGAAAUCCCAGUGGUCCUAGGCUCAGCUGAAGAGAAUGGAGAGCCUCAGGCUGAAGUCACGUCCUUGCUUCUCCCUGCCCAGCCUGCAGCUGAGGGUCUCUUCCCUAACAGCAGCAACAAAUCACAACCAUAAAAUGUUAAAGGCACACACAGUGUGAAGCACUCUACUAAUAUUAAUACAGUUAUUUAUUCCAUAUGGACAGUUGAGUUUGAUACUGCUUUAUUGUCUCACUUCCUAGAAGUCACUCAGCUAGUAAAUGAUGGCUGGGCAUUGAAUAAUAAAACAGUUACAGAUGAUUUACAAUGUACUGGGUGUUGUGCUAAAAGCUUUAAAUGUUUCACUCCUCAUAGCAACCCUAUGUCACAGCCUCAUUUCAAGAGUGUGGAAACUGAGGCAGGGCCAAGUUAAGCAAGUUAUAUAAUUCAUCAAAGAGUCAGUGCUGUUGGGGCUCCUGUCCCCCACCCACCCACCCUCUACCCCUAGCUUUUUUCCCAGCCCCAUUGCCUCUGAGAGGGAGGGACCAUGUGCAGCCCUGAGCAUUUCUUCCCAGGGCACCCCAGGUUAAGGAUCACUGCAGGUGCCUAUGGAAGCCACACCCAACUUGGUUCCUUCAGGGUUGAUUGUCACAGCUAUAGGUCCAGCACUUCAUUGGGUUGGCUCAGCAGGGUGACUUGGUCCAGAGAAUGAAUACACAGAAGUGCAAAAGGACUAAAGGCCAAAGUCUUAACUACUAAAGAGCAUGUGUGCCCUGCUUCUCUCCUCCCCCUGUCAAUGUGAUGUGCAAUCCUGGAGCCAGAACCAAUCCUCCUAUGUUCAAGAUGUCUAGAAACCCUAACUUAAUACCUAAAGAUUGUCUGUAGAACAAGAAUUUGGGAGGAAUGAAACCAGAUGAACUGUUCAGUUCAGUUCAGUUCAGUCGCUCAGUCGUGUCCGACUCUUUGUGACCCCAUGAAUCGCAGCACGCCAG